AUGUUCGCCCGACAGGCAUUCCGCUCAGUCCGAGCUGCGGCUCCUCAGCGGACCCUCGCCCGCGCCCCCAUUCGCUCCUAUGCCGCCGCUGCUGCCACCCAGGAUGUCAAGCCUCCCGUUGCCGUCUACGGCCUCGAUGGUACCUAUGCUACUGCUCUGUACACUGCCGCCGUCAAGUCCUCAUCCCUCGACCCUACCGCGAAGGCUCUGAGCGCCCUCGGUGACCUCCUUGCCAAGGACCCUAAGCUUGCCACGAUCUUGACCACCCCUACGCUUUCGGACAGCGACAAGAGCGCCAUCGUUGCGGAGCUGCAGAAGAACCUCGGCGCCGCGAGCUCGAACGAGACCGUCAAGAACUUCCUCGCUACCUUGGCCGAGAACAACCGUCUAGGAAUACUCCCCGGCGUCUCCGAGAAGUUCGGCCAGAUCAUGAGCGCGUCCCGAGGCGAGAUCGAGCUGGUUGUUACCAGCGCCCAGCAAUUGGACAACAAGACUCUUAACCGCAUCGAAACCGCCAUCUCCAAGUCUCAAUACGUCGGACAGGGCAAGAAGCUGAAGGUCACCAACCAGGUUAACCCGGAGAUCCUUGGUGGUCUCGUCGUGGAGAUUGGAGACAGGACAAUCGAUCUUUCGGUCUCGGCCAAGAUUGCCAAGCUGAACAAGCUCCUAACUGACACCUUGUAA